GCCAUUGCCCACUAUACAGGACAGAGCCUCUCAAAGAUGACGGACUCGAACCCGCGCGACAUCUCGCCGGACAAGAAGAAGGAGUGGGAGUCGUCCUCGGACUUUGCCAACUACUUUUGCACGUAUGCCUUCAUUUACCAUCAGAAGCAGAUGCUGUCGGACGAUCUGCGCAUGCAGAGCUACCGCGACGCCAUCUUCGAGAACCCCAACCACUUCAAGGACAAGGUUGUGCUCGAUGUGGGUACUGGUAGUGGCAUCCUUUCCAUUUGGGCAGCUCAAGCUGGCGCACGUAAGGUAUACGCAGUGGAGGCCACGGAUAUCGCACAGCAGGCUCGCAAGGUGAUAAAGGCCAACAACCAGGACCACAUUAUCACGGUCAUUCAGUCCAAGAUCGAGGAGGCGGAGCUGCCGGAGAAGGUGGACGUCAUUAUUUCGGAAUGGAUGGGCUACUUCCUUCUACGUGAAUCCAUGUUUGACUCGGUCAUCGUGGCGCGCGACCGCUGGCUCAAGCCCGAGGGUGCCAUGUUCCCGUCCCAUGCCAGCAUGUUUAUUGCUCCCAUGUGCAACGAGGACAACAGCAACAAGCGCUUCGCAGAAUUCUCCUCGGCGAUGGAUUCGUGGCGAGGCUUUAUCGACAACACUAAGGUCUCUUGGGGUGUUGAUAUGAGCGUUCUAGGUAACGCCUUCCGCAAGGAACAGGAACAGUACUCGUUGCACACGUCAUCUUGGGAGGAACUCAGCGCUGGAGACCUCAUCGGCGAUGAGGUUGAGUUCGCCAAGUGGGAUCUCAAGACGUGCACGCUAGACGACAUCAAGGAGGUUAAGGCUUCGUUUUCAAUGCCGAUCUCCGUUAUGUCGCGCUUCGGUGGCAUUGCCGGCUGGUUCGAUGUUGACUUCAGGGGUUGCGCUGAGAACCCGGCCGAGAAGGAGGUGACGCUCACUACGUCGCCCUUCGUGCAGCCUACACACUGGGGGCAGCAAGUUUUCCCGCUAUACCCUCCCAUGCAGGUGUGCGAGGGCGACGUGGUGGUCGGCGAAAUCGCCGUCAUGCGCCGUGCUGAUAACCAGCGUCUCAUGAAUGUCAAGUUUGACUUCCGAAUCCGCCGCCCCGAGGACGACGACGAGAGCAUGACAGGCCCACCCAACUCGGCCGUUUUCCAGAUCGAAUAAACAGCUUGAACUAAUGAUUUUGCAUUGACACUUGGUUGUAUGACGCUGCUCGAAGCUACUACUACUACUUUUAAGUACGGUAGUAGUAAUAACUAACGAUGUGAAGUACUA